AGCUUGAACAGGACCAAGAGCAGCUGCCUUCCAUGCAGGAGAGGCGUUCGGCCAAACACAUCUCUUUGCGCAUGAUUGCACAUCUUUACUACCAGUGAUCUUCAGUGCUGGCUUGGUGAGAGUUAUGGAGGUCCAGCAGCAGAUACGUCUGAUGAUACAUCAUGCCACAGAGGGGGGAAUUCCACUGCGUCUCCUACUAAGGGUCCAGUCACACAAAAUAUGGCUACUUUCUUACCUGCCCAGUCUGCCCUCUCCAAAUUGCCCCAAAUCCUCAGAGAUCUGCGAAUAAUCUUAGAAAUCUCUCGGUAAUUUCAAGAAGAAUCUCCUGAGGGACGUGCGGGUGUCCUCUGGAGCUCAGCGAAAGCCAUUUGGGCAUCAGACUGGAAACUUGACCAGCCGGACUGGACCGGUAGAAUGCGGCUCACCUCCAAGGGGAAGGUGGCAUUUAUCAAACUGGAGGACAAGGUUUCAGGUGAACUCUUUGCCCAAGCCCCCGUCGAUCAGUUUCCUGGAAUCGCAGUGGAGACGGUGACAGAUUCCAGUCGUUACUUUGUGAUCAGGAUUCAGGAUGGGAAUGGAAGAAGUGCAUUCAUUGGCAUCGGGUUUGCAGAUCGGGGAGAUGCUUUCGACUUCAACGUGACCCUCCAGGAUCAUUUCAAGUGGGUAAAGCAGGAAUCUGACUUUUCCAAAGAGCCUCAGGGACAAGACAACCAACCAAAGCUCGACUUGGGGUUCAAAGAAGGCCAGACGAUCAAGCUCAAUAUCGGGAACAUAAAGAAGAAGGAUGGCUCGGGCAAGCCUCGAGGGAAUGCUGGAUCUGGGGGCUUUGCACUGCUUCCUCCCCCUCCAGGGGGCAAAAUCUUUGCUGCUCCUGUUCCUGUAUCCGCUUCUAUACCUGUGGCAAAUCACGUUACCCCUCCACCUCUGCAGCCCAACAACACUUCCGCCAGUCCAGACAUUCUGCUCGAUCUCGGCUCUCCGGCUCCACCGGCUAAGCCCGUCGCAGCCGCAUCAGACCUGUGGGGAGAUUUCAAUACAGCAAGCAGCAGUCUGCCCUCUCAAGGUCCGCAGGCGUCCAGCUGGGUUCAGUUUUAGCUGAAGAUGUUUGGAUCUACCCUCCUGUCUUGUGGAGAGCAGGCCGCCCCCUACACAGCCGGGGACCGACGCAGCUCCGUUACACGUAUCAUUGUGAUGUAUCCUCAUUACCGGGCUGUGCGCUUGUCGGCGAUCACGUGAUCUGCCGUCAGGGUGGCAUCUCCCCCCGAAAUGCCUGCUCCUUUCUCCAUUUCCCCGCAACUCCUGAUCCAUCCUCCCCUAAUCGGUGACCUUCUCUCUCUCUCUCUUUCUUGCAUACGUUACUGUAUGAUAAUCGCUGUCUGCACCUAUAUGUGAGUCCUUACACAAUCUCAGCCUGUCUUAACCCCCCUCCCAUUUGUACAGCCUUGGGUACCAUUCUUCACUCUGCAGUGUCAUUUUGCUGCUAGGAGGUGGCGUGCCGUUUGGUUGGCACAAUAAUACACACAUUUGUCCUGAUUGGGAACAAAUUCUGUCCUGAUCCUCUCCAAUGUGCAAUAUCUAUCCCUAAAUAUGAAUGAUGAUGCAGCCAUCACCUGUCUUCUAGAAUGGGUGAGACCAUAUUCCUCCGGCACUGUCAGGGUUAAUGUUACUCACGUGUCUAUGUGUCGUCUUGUAACCAUGAAACAUAUUUAUUAUCAAGUCAUACAAUCAGAUGAAGGAACAAAACUGUACAUAUUAAACUAUCUGUUACCACGAA